AUGUCUCAAGAUUUCAAUGUUGUGUUGCGUGUCGACGUUAUUCAGGCUCAAGGGUUAGCUGCGAAAGAUAGGAAUGGAUUGUCUGAUCCUUAUGUCGUAGUUACAAUCGGCGAUGUAACCUAUCAAACACAAGUAAUCAAUAAAAACUUAUCGCCACGCUGGGACGCUUCAUUCGACACUAGUUUAAACUCGCAAAAUCCUCCCAGCGAUAUUCUGUUCACGUGUUGGGAUAAAGAUGUAUUUGGAAAGGAUUUUUUGGGCGAGGUCAAGGUGCCGUUGCAACAACAUUGGAAAGAUAGUGAAAUUGGAUACAAUGCUCCUGGUAAUAAGCCAAAAUGGUAUGCACUAGAAAAUACUUCCCGACCCAAAGAAACCAUUUCUGGUGAAAUCUCAAUCCGGAUUGGAUUAAUCGAUCCAGAUAAUAAAUUUAUAGAAGCCCAAGAGUUGGCUUCAAUUUGGCAAAGACUUACUAAACUUGAUAUUUCUGAGCACGAUCAUCAUCAUUCUCACGACACUACGACACCUUCAAAUGGGUCCAUAGUGCCCAAUGAAAAUUACUAUGGACAUGGUAAUAGACCAAGCUCUAUUACAAGUUCAUCAACCACAUUUUCCUCGUCAUCGGGAAAUUCGAAUACACUCGGAUUAACGUAUCUUGAAUUGGUAAGAGCAGAAGAUUUGCCACCGGAAAAAGCGGCUGUCGGUUCAAAAUUUGAUAUGGAUCCUUUUGUGAUAAUUUCAUUUUCAAAACAAACUUUCCGUACACGAACAAUUCAACACUGUCUUAACCCAUCAUGGAAUGAAAAAUUGUAUUUCCUGGUGAAACAACACGAAUCGAAUUUCUUUAUAAAAUUUUCUGUCUAUGACGAAGAUAAAGUCACUUUCAACGAUUUGAUUGCGGAUUGUCAAUUCCCAAUUCAAGCCUUAAUCGCCGAAGCGAACAACAAUCAACUACCAAGAACCAUCAGUGAAGGUAUGGUUGAGUAUGUGAUGCCACUCGAACUGAGAACCAAAACAAAGUACGAUAAUUUACCGAAACUUUGGAUUCGAGGAAAAUUUAUUCCGCUUGAACAUUUACGUCGUCAAUUUUGGAUUGCUUUAUCCAAAACGUAUGAUUCGGAUGAGAAUGGAGUUUUGAAUUUCAUUGAAAUCUCGACUAUGCUUAGUAGUUUUGGGUCAUUAACUGAUAAAUCAAUCGAAGGGUUUUUUAUGCGAUACAACAAAGAUCCAAGAACAGGCGAAUUAACAUUCGAAGAAUUGUGCGAAUGUUUGGAGCAACGAUUAUUGGAAGAAGAGUUUAAUGUUGUAUCAACUAACGGCGAAGAAUCUCUAAUUAUUCUUACAGAUUGUCCGUACUGUCAUAAACCCGAUCUCCAAAAUUGUUCAGUUUCCGAGAUUAUUACACAUCUUUCUGUUUGUGCUAGUACUAAUUGGGAUAAUGUUAAUAAGUUUAUUGUCGGUGAUUUUAUUACUGAGUCUCAAGCGCAAAGAAAAUGGGUGUCAAAGGUUAUAUCCAAAGUUGGAUAUGGAAGUUUCAGAGUCGGCGCUGUUAUACAGGAUCGUGUAACAGGACAACUCGUAGAAGAAAAAAUGCCAACUUAUAUUCGAUUAGGAAUUCGUCUUUUAUACAAGGGAAAACCAAAUAAAGUUGAAAUGAAAUCAACAAAACGUCUUUUGGAGACAUUAUCUAUAAAACAAGGAAAGAAAUACGACGCGCCCUCAUCCGUUAAUGACAUCGCGUCCUUUAUCGAAUUUCAUCAGUUGAAUAUCCACGAGAUUCUCGAUCCACUAGAUUCCUUCAAGAGUUUCAAUGAAUUCUUUUAUCGCAAAUUGAAACCAAGUGCACGAGAACUGGAUUCACCUAAUGAUUCAUCUGUCCUUGUUAGUCCGGCCGAUUGUCGAAUGAUGGCAUUCUCAACAAUUGACGAGGCGACAACUGUAUGGAUAAAAGGGCAAAAUUUUUCGCUUGAAGGACUCUUAAGAAAUCAAGACGCAGCUGCACAAUUUCAUGGUGGCAGUUUGGGUAUUUUUCGAUUGGCUCCACAAGAUUAUCAUAGAUUUCAUUUCCCCGUGGACGGUUUACUCAGUGAACCACUUCCCAUCAAAGGAGCGUACUACACCGUGAAUCCGAUGGCUAUUCGUUCCGAACUCGAUGUAUAUGGCGAAAACAAACGUGUAGUGUCAUACAUCGAAUCUCCGCACUUUGGAAGAGUUGCAUAUGUUUCUAUUGGUGCAAUGAUGGUUGGAUCGAUUGAAUUUACAAGUACACCGCACAGUCAUGUUAAGCGACUUGAAGAACAUGGAUACUUUGCAUUCGGUGGGAGUACAGUAAUUCUUUUAUUCCAGAAAGGCAAGAUGGAAUGGGAUCAAGACAUAGUGAUAAAUUCCCAACAAGCUCUAGAAACUUUGGUUCGUGUUGGCAUGCGUGUUGGGCGAGCCACUAGCUAUUAA